AACUCACACAACGAUCGCAGCGCCGUCUCGUACAUCUCUGUCUUUGUCGAUUUGCUGCGAAUCGCUGCUCCCUUUCCCUCGUUCACUUUAUAUCUCAGUUCCCUUCAUGCAGCACUGUCGCAUGUCUGGCGAAAAGACGACGGCUUGCAGUUGGUCUCAAUCGGUUGGUGGCCGUUGUUUUUGGAGUGGGCACACCAAUAGGAAAACAAGCGCAAGCACUCAAUUGCAGUUCUUAAACCCAAGGAGUGAGCUAGCGAGUGUACGAAACAGUAACAGCAGCGUCGUGGCAAGCGACAGUAUCGAAACUGUGUGCGUUAAAUUGCUCCUUUCGAUCAAGCUCGCUACAACGAAUCGUUAUCGCGUAUUUCCAAUAAGUUUGAGACGACGGCAACGCUAGAGACGUAACUCCUUUGCCUGUCCGGUUUUACUUGCGGCCAAAAAUUGUUAAUCCAGGCGACGGUCUGACGAUUGAAUUGUGUUCGGUGGUCAGGUCGUAGAAAGUCUAGUUUUUAAGACGGUGUUUUUGGUGUUGGUUAUUUUGCUGUUAACCGUAAUUACAAUAAAGUGUAGUGGCAGUAAGAGUUCUGCUGGGCUGAGGCGGCGACGAAUGCUAGCUUUCGACAAAGGCCGAGGGUAGCGUUAUUGGGAUCGCUGCGGUGCACGUCGCCAUAGGUCUGAAUGGAACUUUGUAUGGCUGGCGGUAGCAGAAGUUCGAUUUAGACGCGCAGCUACUGUAUAACUGUAAAUACGGAGUUGGCUAGCGAGUUGCAGUAACGCAAAUAACUAAUUGCUUCGUCUUUCCGUUAGCAUUGUCCCAGCUGGCUUUCGACCCCGGUCAGCCUUUUGUGGUGUUUGUGUUGUAGUUCGUCUCAGUAUCACGUAUCAGCUCACGUAUCGGACUCUGUCGUACAUCAAAGCCAGUUGUGUUACGUCAUCGGUUUUUCGUUUGUCAGUAUCACAGGAGGAUCUUGCUUGCAGUUACAAGUAGUAUUGAUAAAAAAAGGCACAUACAUAAGAAUCUUGUAAGGUAGCCGGCGCCUUCCGGAGUUGGGCGCCCGAAUUCUUUCCAAUUUGUUUUUACAACCAAAGUGCUAAGAGAGCAUAAGCUAGUACAGAUCUAAACAGAGAAUGGCUCUCCCAAAAGGUAUUCGAGCCCGUGGUGGCGCAACGAAUGGAGCAUCUGGAGGCGCCCGAGGCGGCAGCGUUAGAGAUGCUCGUGACGUCAUUCGGGGCAGGGAACAAAGGCCUCCAAAUCGGGGCUCUGGGCUCGGCCCCCGCAUUUUGAAAACAUCUCAGGGUCUUGUCACAAACAAAAAAGUGAAGGCGAUCAGCACAGCCCAACUAAAAAACAGACAAACUGCUUCGAAAAAAACAGCAGUCACCCUGACUAAUUCAGGCCGGCCUCUCAGUUUGGGUCGGCUUCCCAGCUCGAAAGUUGCCGUCGGCGCAACGAUCCGAAAGAGCGCCGUAAUCAACAGCAACCCAAUGCUACAGAGCGUCCUCUGCGUACUCUUGCCGAUGGACUCGAGGACCGUCGGGGACAACAGCAUCAGCAACAACAACAACAACAACAGCAGCAGCAGCAACAGCAGCGAUCUUACGAAUAGCAACGUCUUGUCAGGCAAAAGUUUGCCCCACACGCUUCCGAACGACUUCCAACAACAAAGGCAGGAUGUCAACAAAAAUAGCGUCGCUGGUCAAAUGAACGAUCCGCAUGUGCAUGAUGGGAAAGAGGGCGCAUUCCGCCAAGAGGAAUUCGAUCGGAUUCGUUUGUCGUUGGAAGAUGAGAAUUUUGUCGAUGGAGAAGUUGAUCGGAAUUCAGUAGCAGCAGCGGCUGGAGAAACAAAACUUCAUCAGCAGGAUGAGACUGGCACUGAUAAAGGUCAACGAGAGAUAUUAAGAAAAAAAGAGCUGAACUCAGUUGACGUAAUUGAGAAAGCCACUGGAGAUUUGAGAUCAGCUAAUACAAAUACAGGGACACCGACCAUUGCGGACGACGUUGACCUGCUAGCACAGACUGAUGAGAACAGUGAGGUUCAUGUCGAUAAUGAGCAGAUUCCAGGUGGGACGCCAGCUUCAUCAUCAAUGCCAGAUACCGUGCGCUCUUCUGUACCGAAACGUUUAGGCAACUUGCUAUUAAAGAAAGGAGUGAACUUCGAUGAAGCUAAAAGCGAGUUUAGCGUUAUCGUUGAAGGAUAUGAGCGUGAAAGCGACUGGGAGGACAUUUCAUCGGACAAUAAAGAUUUGGGCUCAGGCCUAGACGACUUCAAGUUACCAAGCACAUGUCAAAUCCUAAAAGCGCCAAGUGGAAGCACUGUCUACCUGAUUGGCACGGCGCAUUUCUCUCGGAAGUCUCAAAAUGACGUACGACGGGUAAUCCGCAGUGUAAAACCUGAACGUGUGGUAGUCGAACUGUGCAAACAACGCAUGCAUAUUCUUACUCUUGACGAAAAGUUGCUCCUUAGCGAAGCUUCGAAGCUGAGCAUGACUACGAUCCGCGAGACCAUCCGCAAGAUGGGCAUUUUACAGGGCUCAAUGUUCCUACUAAUGAUGCAGCUAUCGGCGCACCUCGCAAAUAAGCUGGAAAUGGCCCCCGGAGGCGAGUUUCGCGUCGCCUAUCAGGAAGCUGAGCGUCUGCCCAUGUGCCGGGUGUACCUUGCCGAUCGCGAGCUUAACAUAACACUAUGGCGAACUUGGGCCAACCUGGGAGUUUGUCAGCGUAUCCGGAUCAUCUGGAAUUUAAUCACCAGCACCGAGGACAUGACUAUUGAGGAUGUCGAACGCUGUAAGGAAAAAGACAUGCUCGAACAGCUGCUUGGCGAACUGUGCACUGACUACCCAGAGAUGUCGAAAGUGAUCCUUACCGAACGUGAUCACUAUUUGUGCCGCUCGCUGUAUGAUGCGGCGAUGGUGCCGCCAACUCCGGUAACUGUUGUGGCCGUAGUCGGUAUUGGUCACCAACGAGGUAUCAUAGAGAAUUGGUCGCGAGCGGCAGACAUCGACUCGCAGAAGUUACUAGUCGUGCCGCCGGCGCCAUUAACAGUUCGUAUUACAGGACGGCUGCUCCGAGUGGGCAUGUGGGCAGCAGUCGGGUUCACCGUGUACAAACUAAUGCCACACGCUCUCAAGGCGUGCUUGGCGCGUGGAAUUGAAAAAGGCAUAGAGAGAAGUUUUAAAGGAGUGACAUAUAUGCAGAAAACCGUCAGCAAUAACGUAACUUUGUAAUAAUCAGGCUACCAGGGUCUUCAGGGCAGGGCGGAGGUGACCGGGCGAGCGGUUGCAGAAGAAGAACCUGGGACUACCGUCGGUAAAUAUGUUGGGUCCUAUUAGGGUAUCUAUAUCGUUCGGAGGUGUUCCCUCGGGGAAAUACUACCGAAGCUGGUAUCGUGACCCAUAGCACGUGUAUGCUCGCGUUUUGGUCGUAGAGCCACCGUUAUACGGCAUGAUGACAUUGAUCUUUUUCAUUCCCAGUCUCCCUGCCUUGUUUGUUAUUGAAUGGGUUGUUUGUUAUUUAACAAAAUUACAUAGAGAUUGAAGCAUUUGGUUACAGUGUAUUCGGAUUAUGACCUGUAACGGUAAAGUGGAAGUUUUAUGUGUAAACGUGUAUGGAAUGAAUAGAAAGUAUUAUUCGUCAGUAAGCGAUGUUGUCAAUCUAAGACACAAUAAGUCGGUGAGGUUGUAAACGAACAAAAAGGGAAAUCGUUCGCGUCCAUUCCUACAAACGUGUCUCGACACGGACCUUCAUGGAAACGAUCCUUUUAUUAACUAUCCUGGUGUUAAUUGGCACGGUUUGCGACAUAGGAACGGAUGAUUUUCAAAUGUCUACUAGUUCUGUCAUAUCAGCGUUGAUAUGAGGGCGGCGUUACGCUUUUUUAAUAAUUAUGUGUAGAUAUACGUAUAUAUUUGCUUGUUUUUGGAAAGCUAAUUGUGCUGAUGUCCUCGAAUCGUCCGUGCGUAGAAACUUGAUUCUAACAAAAGAAUGAAUAUUUGGAGGUAUACUAAAAAACAUCUAUACUUAUCAUCAAUGGAAGCAUUAAUUAUUAACAAGAUACGAUGUAAUUUCUCAUUAUAUAUAGAAUACACAUGAUGCAAGUUAUGUGCGUAGGGUGCUGUCUGAGUUAAAAAGCAAUAGUCGGAGGGGUCAGGUAGGGUGGCGUGUUCCGAGUGAGGAAUUGUUUGAUUUAAGUUUGUCUAAAGGAGAACGAAAGCUAGCGAGCGGCCUAGGUAUGAAACGUAAAUGUUUGUCAAUUGUUAAUUUCGGCAGAAGCAGCAAACACGUUAUGGUUUACGAUAUUAAAUACGUCUGGAUGAAGGCGGGUAUUAAUAUAAAUAAUGAAUGGCUUGUUAUUAAAAGUAUAAAUAAAAUUGCUAUAUUCAGUAAAGAAAAAAUUUUCUUUUCUGAACAUGCUUCACACCAUACCACAUCUGUUGUGCAAAGCUAUAUAGCAGAAACAACGUCUCAGUUACCUAUUUCAAGAACAAAAUAAGCAGUUUUUGUUCUUAGUGAAAGUGGAUUUAGUGAAUUUGGUAAAAGGGUGUUCCUGUCAACUGGCUAUUUUUUAAAACGAAGGUCUCGGGACGACAAAUUAAGUUAUUAUAUAUAAGGCUUCAGAUAUAACCGAGGUGACAUUAAACACCACUAUAAAGCUGUCUUUUCCACGGGCAGCGUAAUGAUUCACGGAGUGCGUCCGUGAAUCACUACACUUACCGUAGAUUAAGAACUCUGGGGUGUAGCUUUGAGAAGUUUCUUUCAAUGUCUGAGAGAAUGCUAUUUAGUGAUUUGGCUUGCAAUGAAGAGUACUAGAGCGCUUCCUUGUCUCUUCGUCAAUGCUAAGAUUUCUGUGGAGAAGGUCUGAGGAUACUUUACAUAAUAACAUCAAUCUAAUCAAAAAUAAUGGCAUACCGCUUUUGAAUACAGCCCAUAUUGAGGAUAACUUGCGGAAACGUCUAUUCAACUUAGUCAUAAAAAAAUUCGUCGAUAUAUCUCUAAUCGUCUGUUGUGUGUUGUUGUUUUAUGUGAUCGCCUUAUUGU